UGAAACCUAUGCGAAACCGUAAUGGCUCGAUAAUUGAGUGUUUGCCUGAAGUUUGUUUACUUUACAUGUAAACACACAUUUAUGUCUAGACUCAUCUUUCCCGCCUGGAAACAUCUAGUCAGGGAAAAGUCUACAUUAUGGAAGCUCUCGUCCUCCCCUUCUGCCUCUCUGUCUCCCCCCUCCACCUCUCUGUCUCUCCCCUCUCCCCUGCAAUCUGAUUUGAAGCAUUCAUCGGCUGCUGAUCUCAACAGGGGACUGGCCGUGUUGAGUGGAGGCUGAUUGACGGGCUGUUUGGCCUCCAGCGGAGAGGGAUUGUUGUCUGGCUGUGGGACGAGGUCAGAGGUCACAGUCCAGAGAGGCCGAGACAGAAACCAGAUCACAACAGAAGGCUAAUUAUCAUGCAUUGUUGCCGAGCUCCUGCUGGGACUCCGCCUUCAACUUUCACCAUAAGGUCACAGCGAAAACUCUGGACCUCCAACAUUUAAAACCUGAGUCUCUGGAAUAAGGUGGGCAAGUGCCGAAGUCGCGCAACGAAGACAAGACAGGAUGAGAGAGAGAAGCCCUGGCAGAGGAGGAAAAUAGAGAGAAUAGAAAGGAGGGGGAAGAAGAAAAAUAAGAGGUAGAGCAAGAGAGGAACGCCAAAGAGAAUCUCUGGGAUAAAUAAAUAACAAGACUUGUUUGGAGAAAAGGCAAGCUAGAUGAAAAGAUGAAGCCGAUAAAAAAGCAGCGGCGCUCUCCUCCCUCCACCCGGGCCAAAGGGGGGAAGCGUCGCGGAGCGGGGGAUGCCCCAGAAGGAGGGGAGAAGAGAGACUCAGAUGAGAACAGAGACAGAAGCAGAUCCCCACAAAACCGAACACCCUCCUCUUCAUUUUCUUCUAAUUCGCAUUCAGAGUCCUCCCAGAUGGAACCAAUCAGAGCGCGGGACACUUCAGAGGUGGAGGGGCUUCACAGAGAAGGGCUGUCAGAAAGGACGGUAUCACUUGUGAUGGAUUCUGGGAAAUUUUUGACAGCGUCGGAUGAUAGAGCAGGGAGGUUAGCAGUGAGCGGCAGCAGCCACAGUGACAGUGGUGGUAGCAGUUGUAGUAACAGUAGUACACCAAGCACCAACAACAGCCCAAACCCCGCCUCCAGCCGAAAAACAGCCACCUUCAAGGCUCGUGUUCCCAAAAAGAAGUACACCUCUGAACACUGCAUGUCUGCUACUGGUAACCAUAGCAAUCCUUCCUCCAGCACGCCCCCUCCUCUACCUCUUAGUGGUGGGGUCAUCAACCACGGGUCAACAGGUUCAGGAAGUGACAUCUAUGUCUCGCACCCUGAUGGCAACAGUCAGAGCAGGAGCCUGAUGGGCGACUUCCACAGCAGGACCACUGGCAGGGAAGGGCCUCAGAAUGGCUCCUCGGGACCCCCUACCCUGUCGUUGGGAGGGGACAGGGAAAGGCCUGGAGGGGGUGAAGGGGUGAGAGAGGCAGAGGGAGUGUUGCCCAGUCCCCUGCCCCGCUGCUCCUCAACGGACACCGCCAGCGAGCACUCGGCUGACCUAGAGGUAGUCGGCGACCCACACGCCCUCACACAGAUGUCUACGCACGCAGCGCCCAGUCUGCCCGACGCGCUGUCUGACGCCCUUGCCAAAGGGCUGAAGAAUCAGCGUGUCCUCGCCCGCCAGCUCAGGAGAAGAAGUGACGAGGAGGGAGGGGGCGAAAGGAGGGACGAAGGGGGGAUUUCAGAGUUGGUGUUCCGGGCUGGAGUCGUCCGCAAGGUCAGCGAUGACUUUGGAAGCCUGGAGGUGCAGCUGAACGGUGAGAAGACACUGUGCCGUUACCCGUAUCGACAUGACAGCCCCCCAGGGGUGGUGGACAUUAUCCUAGAUGCCCCGCCGCCUGGUGUCCAUCCAAUAGCUAUUGGCACCCGUGUCUGCGUACCUUUUGGCAAUGAGGAGGGCAGCGAAGGCCAGUGGUAUCGACAAGGUGUGGUGACCCAGGUGGAUACACACCCUGCUGUGGCCAACCGCUACCGUGUCCUCCUGUCUGAGGAAAGACAGGGCGUGGACGAGGAAGAGGAUGGCAGAGGGACAGCUGCUGGUACCCAGGCAGUGUGGGUCUCCCGACAAACACUCCGGCUUCUGGUGCCACCUUGGGACCUGGAUCUGCCGCCUGGAGGAGGACGAGGUGGAGAAGAGGGAGUGAGAGACAAGGAAAGGGAGUGGGAGGACAGGGAGGAGAUAGACGUGGAGCAGGAGGUGUGUCGUUUGAGCUGCGGGAUGACACCCGGCGUGGGGACAGUGUUGGGGAGAGGAAUCCCCUACCCGGGCAUGGUUCCUGUUUCCUCCACAUCAGGACACAAUAUUACCUCCCCAGUAACACCAGCGUCAGUCCUCAGCCUGGCCCCAGGCCGAGAGUGGGAAAUCGAGAAAGACUUAGAGAGGGAGAGGGACCUCCAGAGAAUACAGGAAAGAGAGAGGGAAAGAGAGCGAGAACGGGAGAACAGUGCAAUGCAGCAACAGCAGCAACAACAACAACAACAACAGCAGCAGCAGCAGCAGCAGCAACACCACCAGUACAUGCCACUCACCCCCGAAGAGGACAUGGAGGUGUCCCACUUUAAUAUGCUCCCAGUGGGGGCGAUCAUACCUGGGGCAAAACCAAUGGCACUUUCCCAACACCGCCACAUUGUCUCUAAGCCCCCGCCUGGCUACCUCAAUCCCCACCUGUCUGUGGUGCGGGGCAUCGGGAUCUCCGGGAUCCCCCCUACCCACCUGGCCUUGAAGCCCCACCCCCCUCCUUCACCUGUUGUUUUAAGCCUUGACCCAGCAACCGCAGCAGCUGCAGCAGCUGCAGCAGCUGGUGCUGUCAUUACCACCUCUCAGCUCCCACCCCUGCCUCCCAUCUCCUCUUCUACCGCUUCCUCCUCCAGAGUAGAGAAGGCCUCAGGAGGAGGUUCUUCCAGCGGAGGAGCAGGUGGUGGCGGUGGAUCCGGAUCAGGUUCAACCUCCUCGUCCUCGUCACGUUCCCGCACCCCACUGACAGCUGCCCAGCAGAAGUACAAGAAGGGAGAUGUGGUGUGCACGCCAACAGGCAUCCGUAAGAAGUUCAAUGGGAAGCAGUGGAGGAGGUUGUGCUCCAGGGAGGGCUGCUCUAAAGAGUCCCAGCGCCGAGGAUACUGUUCCAGACACCUCUCGAUGAGGACCAAGGAGAUGGAAGCCAGCGGAGGCAGCCGGGAACGGGGUGGAGCCAGCAGCACGGGGACCCUGACGCCGUCUGACCUCCGACUGAGCGGUGGGAGAGCGAGCUCAGAGUUCGACUGGGACGAGACGUCGCGUGAGAGCAGCGAGGCCAGCAGCCGUGGAGGAGACUCCCGCCCCCGCCUGGUCCUUCCCUCUCUGCUCCCCCAGGACCUCUCCCGUUUCGACUUUGAUGAGUGUGAGGCAGCGACCAUGCUGGUGUCCCUGGGGAGCUCCCGCUCAGGCACACCCUCAUACUCCCCUAUCUCCAACCAGUCGCCCUUCUCCCCUACCCCAUCACCCUCGCCCUCUCCGCUCUUCGGCUUUCGCCCUGCCAAUUUCAGCCCCAUCACUGCUCCCGCCUCACUCACUCCACGCCGCCAUCGCCAGCUUAGCGGCACUAAGAUGGGUACACCAGGGGUUGAGCGAGAGCGCCACCUGUCGGGGAUCGUGCCCACUUUUCAGACCAAUCUCACUUUCACAGUCCCCAUGAGCCCCAGCAAGAGGAAGCUCGACAAUCACCCGCCCCCUCCGCUGCCUGCAAUCCAGGACUACCAGACCAAACCUGAGCAACAGCAGCUUGUGAGCAUAGGGGGAAGCUUGGUGGGAGACCCAAACCUGGGCCACAAUAAUGCCGCCUUCAGAGUCCUCUCCCCCCAGAGCCAGCCCACAACCCCCUCCUCGCUUUCCUUCCCCCGGCCUCGUAGCGCCACCAGCAGGCCACCAUCCUCCGCCGCUUCCACGCCUCCACCCAUGCUGGUCUCUCCCACUCCUCCCUCCCCGUUGCCCCAAGAACCCUCCCCACGCCGUAUUGUGCCCUUACGUGAUUCCCCAGUCAUUGUCCGCAACCCAGAUGUCCCUCUGGCCAAGUUCUCUGAUGGUCCGUUAGGGAGGAGAGAGAGGAGCAGGUCCAGAGAGCACAGCCAGCCCCAACACACAGCUCCCCCAGGUCUGCAGGUCCCCGUCCCCAUCAACGGGGCCACCACCAACGGUGCAGUUCUCUUGCGCAACCCCACACUUGUCCUGGUCACCUCCAGCUCGUCACUGACCCCGGCCACAGUGGGCCAUGCUGCAUUGUCCAGCCCCUCCAUGGUGCCCACUUCAUCGGGCUCAAUCCUGUCCUCCUCUGGUUCUGGAGGCAGGGAGCGUGAGAGGAAACCUGAGGGACACCAGGAUGCCUCCGGAGGGGGGCUGCCACAGCCAGUCGCCUGUCACCCCACGCCGACUGCCCUGCUGCCGCUCAUACUGCCAGCUGAGUCGCCCCACCCUGCUCCACGCAAGCAAAUCAUCAUGGGACGGCCAGGGACUGUUUGGACCAAUGUGGAGCCUCGGUCGGUGCCAGUGUUCCCUUGGCAUUCACUCGUCCCUUUCCUGGAGCCCAGCCAAUCAGGAGCGGCUGCCCAGCCUGCUGAUGGUCAACAGCUUGUCAAUCAGAGCAAAGAACCUCGUUGCGGUGUGGCCCUGGUGAGCGACGGGCGGACCGGCCCUCCAGACCUAGAGAGGGGAUCGCCGUCAUGCCCUCCCCCGACUAAUGACAAUCCUCCUACAGACAGGGGAGGGGCUGACAGCGAGACAGAGAGUGAUAUAGACGACCCGUUCUCCCCGGGUGUGGCCAACGAUCCGACGCCUUCCGAUGGCCCCAUGAAGAGACGCACACAGUCCCUGAGCGCCCUGUCCAAGGACGGAGACAGGAAGAGGGAGAAGGACCACAUCCGCCGACCCAUGAAUGCCUUCAUGAUCUUCAGUAAACGCCACCGGGCCCUGGUGCACCAGCGACAUCCCAACCAAGACAACCGGACAGUGAGCAAGAUCCUGGGGGAGUGGUGGUACGCUCUAGGGCCCAACGAGAAGCAGAAGUACCACGAUCUGGCCUUCCAGGUGAAAGAGGCCCACUUCAGAGCGCACCCAGACUGGAAGUGGUGCAACAAGGACCGCAGGAAGUCACUGUCAGAGGGCCGUGGGAUGCCGAAGGAGCCACGGGAGAGGAGCAUGUCAGAGAGCAUAGAUCCCCAUCCGGAGUCUCAGGUGCUGGAGGGGAUGGGAGGAGGCUCGGGCUGGCCAGGGGGAUCUGAGCGUCGAGGGGGGCUGUUUGUGGGGCAGCACCCCCGUCCCCGAGCUUUUUCCCAGAGUGCCGUGCACACCCUGGAGCAGAGGGAGAGAGAGAGAGACUUGGAGAAGGAGGACAGGGCGGGUUUGUCUCGCCACCGGCCCACGCCUCAGUCCCUGUACCAGGGCAGGGCCAGCGAGGACGUGACCAGCGACGAAGAGCGCAUGGUCAUCUGUGAGGAAGAGGGGGACGAUGAUGUCAUGGAGGAUUCCUGUCCUGAAGGCUCCAUUGACCUCAAGUGUAAAGAGAGAGUGACGGACAGCGAUGAAGACGAACCAGAUGGACAGCAUGACUUCCAGCCAAUGACUCGCUCCUCUCUCCCUCCUUCCCCUCCCUCCAUCCCUCACUCCAACUCCACCUCAGCUAAAGGAAACGGAGUAGGAGUGGGUGGUGAAGAGGGGUCUGAGAGGAAGAGAAAGAGAGGUACAGACGGAGGAGAGGAGGGGAGCGAUGGAAGAUCCAAGAGAGAAGAAACAUCAGCAGGUGUAGGAGAAGAAGGUGGAGGAGGUGGUGUCUCCUCUCUGUCCGUCACAGGCUCAACAUCCAGCACCCAGGCUCCCCUCGCUUUGGCCCAGCAGGGUUUGACCCAGGUCGCUAGCGCCGUCCGUGUGGCCCCCACUGUGGCGACCAAUGUAGUACAACCCAUCAUCAGCACGCCAGUGGAAGGGGCCGUCACCCUCAGCUCCCUGCCUCAGGACAAGAAAGCCACUCUCCUGAUUGGAGGAGGCGGACCUCAGCAGCUGCCAAUCACAGCAGGGGGUGGGUACCUGUCCUCCUCCUCCUCCUCCCCUGGUCCAGUCAGUGUAACCCCAGUGGGGGGCAGCGGUCUGGUCACUAGCCUAGUUCUGGGAGGGUCCUUUCCCGCUGUCCAACCAGUGCAGCUCCUUACCCCGCAGCCGCACGCACAAACCCCCCUACCUGUCCUGCAGCCACAGCUCCACCCCACUGCCGCCAUCUCAUCUCUCACACCUCCCGGCUUCCCCAAGCCGCUAGCGCAGAUCCAGUUCGUCCUGCCUACUGAGAGCCCUUCCUCCCCUCAACUCACCCAGCAGCAAAUUCUCUCCCUGCCCUCCAAUGCCGCCCUGGCCAAUGGCAUGCACUCAGGGGCGGGAAUCAGAGUUGCAUCAGUCAGCCCCGGAACCAGAGUGAGAACAGGGUCUACUCCUCCUCAUCCUUCCAUUUCCCUAGUCACGCCACCUCUUCCUGUGCAGAACGGCCCCGCGACAGGAAACAAGAUCAUCCAGAUCGCUCCCAUGCCUGUGGUCCAGACCAACGUUCAUCCUAGUGGCGCAGCAGCAGUGCAUCCUGGGAGCCCCUUUCCUGUUUCCGUGGCAACGGUGAUGGCUCCAGGUGGCGCGCCCCCACAGACCGUUCUUCUGACCUCUCCACCCACCAGGAUCACUUAUGUCCAGUCUGGCCCAGGAGUUACCACAGCAACGCCCCAACAGGCCGCACCCGCUCCAGGCCCUGCCUAUCUCCCAUCAUCCCUGGCAACCCUGGGCUUCACCGCCAUCACUCCGGCCGGGCAAACCCUGGUUCAGCCGAUUGUUGGUCCACCGCCACUGUUGGCUCCAGCCCCGCCCCUGAGCUGUCAAUCACAGACCCCUCCGGGUCAGGCCUCGGGAACGGCUGGUCGUCAGGUACUAACUGCCAUCUGCCCUGCACCAACCGUUACUCUGCCUACUGGGGUGGUCUCUGUGACAACCUGUGACAACGUGCCGCCUGCAGUGGCCGCUCCAGCAAAGGACGCGAUGAACCCUCCCUCUCCGUCGGCGAUGGGGGUGCAGGGUUCAGCGGGUACGACACCUCAGCCUAACGAGGCGGAGGAGGUGGAGCUGAAGGUGGAGGUGAAGAGGGAGAGCCUGACGGAUGGUCAGACUGAGGAAGGAGGACAGGGGUGGUCAAGCUGUGCUGCAAGCUCCUCAUUGGCCACCUGUAUGAUUGAUGUCACAAAAGUUAAAAAAGAGGAGGACAGCGGUCUGUACAUCAAAGAAGAAAACCUCAGAGAUGGAUACAGCAGAGAGAAAGGAAGCGACAUGGACAGAGAGCAAGAGAGAGGGAACAAGGAGAACAGUGAAAGAAAGGGAGGCAGAGAGACACAUAGAGAGGACCACAGCAUGGGCAACAGCAGCAAAGAGGCUGGACCUCGCACCCCUCCUCCACCACCCUCAGGUUUGGAGUCCCCUCCCCCUCCUCCUGCGGAAAGAGAGCCCCCCUCUUCCUCAAAGAAGACCAAGUUCAGACCCCCACCGCUCAAAAAGACACCUGACUCUCUCGAAAAGGUCUUGUCGGAGACGUACUUUGAGGAGCGUUUUGCUGAGCUUCCAGAGUUUAACCCAGAGGAAGUCCUUCCUUCGCCCACUCUGCAGAGUCUGGCCACCUCACCUAGAGCCAUCCUAGGAAGCUACCGCAGGAAGAGACGUAACUCCUCCGAGCUGGAGCUGACAGCAGAAGACCCCAGCUCCCCGAGGAGGAAGACCCGCCGUCUCUCCAGUUGCAGCUCGGAGCCUAAUACCCCUAAGAGCGCCGCCAAGUGUGAGGGAGAAAUCUUCACCUUCGACAGAGCGGGUACAGAAGGAGAGGAUCUUGGAGAUUUGGACCGGGUCCCCUACUCGUCUCUGCGUAGAACUCUGGAUCAGCGGCGGGCCCUGGUCAUGCAUCUGUUUCAGGAACAUGGCUUCUUUCCCUCAGCUCAAGCCACUGCUGCCUUUCAGGCACGCUACUCGGACACCUUCCCCACCAAGGUGUGUCUGCAGCUGAAGAUCCGCGAAGUCCGACAGAAGAUCAUGCAGACGGCCACGCCCGGAACCUUUGAACCUGGAGUGUUAGGAGGGUUGGCUGAAGCCAACCCCGCCCCGUCCCACAGCUCCUCUUUCAAUCAAUCAGCCCGGGAGGAUGGAGGGUCGGAGCAGCAAGGAGACAAAGGCCGGAGCCCCGAGGAGCCAAAAAGCGAAGGCUCAUAAGCUGGAGAGGAUGACAAAGUGGGAAAAUCAAGGAAAAGAAGAGAGGAGUGUGUCAUCACCGCAGAAUGUUCUUGUAUGUGUUGAACCAGUACUGUGAAUAGCUCCAGAGGAUCUGUUCUACUGGCACUAAUUUCCACCAGACCUGGGCAGAAAUACAUAAAAAUAUGGUCCUAAAUAUUCAAACUACUCAAGGUGCGCUUGAGUUGUCUAAAUAGACUUUCAAAAAAAGCCUCAAAAGUGGACGAAUCACUUGCAAGUCCUGAUGAGUCAAGUGCUUCUUGUAGUAUUGUGUUUCCUUUUUUCUUUCCAAGUAUCCCAAAUAUUUUCUGUUAACACUUUAUCCAGGUCUGCUCUCAGCACACAGUAGUUUGUAGUUUGACACACAAACUAUGUGGCACACAGUCAAUAUCUCUCUGGCACACACACACACACACACAAAACCUGGUGCAUAUGUAAUCUCCAGCAUGCACAUGAUCCAACAAUAAACACACAUGCAUACAUACAUAAAUACACACACACACACCCUUACCAAAUCAGACUGUUACUCUUGGUUGGCAGUCCCCAGGAGCAGCCACCAAGGACCAUGACACACAAAGGCACUUUGUCACUUAUUGUGCAGAUGCAGUUCGCUGUUGCCAGCCAGCCAGCCAGCCCUCAGAUGCCAUUGACUUGACCUCCUUCUCGCCCUUCCACUCCUCAGCACAGUGGUCGGGACACAAACACAACCCCAGCGACCUCCACUGAUAUUCCACAGCCCCUCGAUGCUGCAAGACAGACAGCACACACACACACACACACACAUACAUUUACAGUACAUGCACACACACAAACACACGCAGUACAUGGACACAUCUGUGCAGUGUGAGCACUCGUACAUACACAUAGUCAACCCUGGUCUGACCAAGCCAUUGGCCUGCACAGUUUUUAGUGAUUGUAGUGAGAAGAUAAACUGAAAGCAUGACUCAAUUCGCUCCUGAGAAACAAAAAGAAGGCAGGAGUUGGGAUGUAGUGUGACCAAUCUUUGCACCUUCAGUUAUUGCCAUUAUGAAAGACUUAAGUCCUCAUUGGCGGGAGCUGAUUAUAUUUGUCUGUAUGUCUGUUGGGGUCCCCUCCCCAAAACCUGUGCGAACAGGCACCGUAAAGAGAUUAUGUUAAGAGACUAUUGCUUGUGAGGCUUUGAAGAAUCAACGUUAAGUUCGACACUGACCUGCUCCCGACAGAGCACAGAGAAAAGGCAGAAGAAGAACCUGGAUGAUGCUCGUUGGAUGGAAGAUUCAUAUUCCAACUAUAGGAAGACAGAUAAUAAUAGUGAAUAAGGACAACAACAUGACAAAGAAAAAGUAGAAUUUUAACCAAACUUCUCUGAAUCUCCCAGUGGAUAUAAUGUUGCUUUCUCUCGUUAUCGUUGCCGUGGAAAUAACCAGUUUUACCGUGGCCUGUUUUUCUCUUGUGGCUCUAUUGUGUUUCUUCUCCAACAUAAAAAAAAAAAAAAAUCACAAAAAAAAAAAAA